AUGGGCGCAACUAUCUCACAGUUAUGGACACCACCUACAAUCGCAGUCGGGGUCGUCAGCAUCCCCUCAGCAGGCAAAACAUCGAUAAUCCGCAAAAUAAGCGGCGCUGUCAACAACACCAUCUUCACCGUCAGAGGUCAAGAAUACAAUGUCCUCGACUACUCCAGCGAUAGAAGAAUAAGAGGCGUAUGGCGCAAACUUCUGUUCCAGAUGAAAGCGAUUAUCUUUGUCAUCGAUAGUGCGGAUAGAGAGAACAUGGAUGAUGCGAGAGAUGCGCUUUGGGAGGUUUUGUACGAAGAGCAGCUUGAGCCUCAGCCGAUUCUCAUCCUUGCGAAUAAACAAGACAAUCCAAAAGCCAUGAGUGUGCCAGAACUCAUUGAGUACCUGAAGAUCGACGAGGAUCUUGCAAAGGGCAGGAGAUGCCGCAUUAUGGCAUCAAGCGCCUUUGAUGACAAAAGCCUGGAAGAAGGUCUCGAGUGGUUGCGUGAGAUCGUUCGCACAAAUCCAUACUGA